AUGAUCAAUGAUGUCAAAGUAUUUGCUUAUCGUCGUCAAGCAACAGCCUGCACCGAGUGGACGUAUGAGGAAAAAAGGAAAUCUCUUCAGGAGGGUCUCUUUUCGUCUGCGCGGGCUGGAAAAGCCAACCUUGGAACCAGCUCUCGAGACAUCGGGACGGGUGGUUGGUCUCUGCCAGGGUCUGGGUGCUGGCUCAACCCAGCAUGUUGCUGCAAUUCCUCCCACAUCACGUUCAUUUGGGCUGUCAUUCCUUUGGGCUUCUGUGGAAGAGACAGAGGAGGACAAGUGCUGAGCCAUGCAAAGGGAACUCUUGUUUCCUGUGAUGCUUUCAAAUCCAAUAAUGGAAAAUGCGGUGAACAUGGACACACCACAAGUGGUGAACAACAACGUAUCUUUAUAAAAGUGAAUGGUUUUGCAGUGUGUUGGAAAGAGCCUGCACCCAGAAGCUACCAGCUGCCAGAAUGGGUUACCUGGAGCGUGAAACUUGGGGCAGAACUUCUCUCAGGUUGCUCAGCAAGUGCCAACAGAGAGAGGGAGGGUGCAGAACUUCCUGAUAUUGAGAAAGACUCUGUUUCUUCUCUGAAGUUUUACCAGCCAGCUAAAGGGUCUUCUCUCGGCUUUGCCAGUUUAGGUUCUGAAGACCCAGAAUUCAUGGAGAACUACCAUGACUGGAAGGUAAAACCUGUGAAAAGAAUAGAAGACUGGGAUGAGGAUAUUUAUAUUUUGACACAACAGAGAAGAAGUGAUGAGCAGUCAAACUGAAGAGCAAUACUUGACUCCAGGGCAGAUAAAGCAAAGGAGACAAACAGCUACAGGAUUGUUUGAAAGGAGGAAAAUAGAACUAGAAAACUACCCACUGCCAGAUGUGCCUGAGCUCCUACCAGAAAGGCAAACAGCUGAUGCAGAUGGACACGGCAACCAAGAAAACUGUGGGAGAAAGAAGAGGACAAUCUAGUAGCUUGGACUAACCCCCUAACAAAAGACUGCAGGAU